AUGCAAACCGAGAUGCCCAAUGUAACGUCGGCGGAUGCGGCUCCAAUGAGCGGAGCUAUUAUCGGACUUCCAGGUAGAAAACUUCGAAUCUGCGUGCUUCAUCCCAGCGCGGAGGGCACUUCUGGCCCUUUCACGGAGGAUGUGGACGGGACUUGCAAGCCGGAGCUGUUCGACGUGGAGGGCAGAUACGACUGGACGAACAUCUUUCUGAAAAAGGCCAGCAGCUCAGCCGACCUUGUCAAACUGGUCAACAGCGGCCUAUACGAUGUGUAUUUGAAUCUCUGCGACGGUGCCUGGGACGAGGACCGCGCCGGCAAGGACGUGGUGGAGGCCCUGGAAAGGCUCAAUGUGCCGUACACUGGAGCCGACGCAGCGUUCUACGAGCCGUCCAAAAUCGACAUGAAGAAAGCCGCAUACUUCUACGGCAUAGGGGUCCCCGCUUGGGUGCACGUCCAGGGCGGCCCCGGGCAGGAGGAGGCUGGUGUGGCCGAGGUGUUGGGGCCUCCGGAGCGCGGUGGACUGCGCUUCCCCCUCAUCGUAAAGCACCCUAGCGGGUACGGCAGUGUCGGUAUGAGUAAGAAGUCAAAGGUCACCAACGCGCAGGAGCUGCGGCACCAGGUGUCGUACUUCGUACGGGAGUUCGGCGGUGCUCUAGUGGAGGAGUUCAUUGUCGGUCGGGAGUUCACCGUGCUGGUGGUGGAGGAGCCAACCAAGGAGGCGGUUGCUGGUGCCGAGGCUGACGACUACGAGCCGCAGCUCUCCGACCUCAUCCCCGUGGCCUACACACCCGUGGAGUGUGUUUUCGGCCCAGGGGAGGACUUCAAACAUUUCGAUCUGAAGUUUCUAGAAGCGGAUACCCUGGAGUGGCUGCCCUGCAGGGAGCCCCAGCUGGCGGAGAGACUCAAGGCUGCUGCUCGUGACUUCUUCUUGGCGACCCGGGGGGUCAGCUAUGGCAGGUGUGACUUCAGGGUGGAGGACGGCACUGGCGACAUCUAUCUGCUGGAGAUCAACCCCAACUGCGGCGUGCUGCUACCUCCGGAAUAUGCCGGCUCCGCGGAUUACAUCCUCGCACUGGACCCUGACCACAGCCACCGCCACUUCCUCGCCUCCAUCCUUGCCUCCGCAGUGCAUCGACACCGCUGCAAACAGCCCGCAGUCGCGCCGGCCUUCAUCAGCACUGGACAAGUACUUCCGUCACCGCCGCCGCCGCCCGUUGACCUUGACUCCAACGGCGCAGAGACCGUCGCCGCUGCGCCGCCCAGCAGCCGGGUUGGCGGCAUCAACGUACGGCGUCUUGGCAUGGUAGCCGUAAGGGCCAUUCGUGCUGGUCGGCGUGUACAGCGCAACGAGAACUCCCUGGUCACCCUCGGCAGUCGCGACUGGGUGGAGCGGACCUGGCCUGAGGGCAGCUGGGAGCGGAGGAGGGUCAACGAGGCAGCCUAUCCGCUGAACGACCGGGUCUGUGUGUCUGUGUGCGUCCUGGUGCUGCCUCCCGCUGACUUGACCCGCUGGAUGCCCCUGAGCCACUCCUGCGAACCGAACACCCACAUUGAGGGCCUGGACCUGGUGGCGCGGAGGGACAUCGCACUGGGUGAGGGAGAGAGGAGAGGAACACAGAAGAGGACACCCUAG